AUGUCAGAUCUCGCAGAUGAGCCUGACCGUGCAGGCAGUGACAUGAACAACUCCUUCGACAAUCGGGGUUCGCUGCCAAACAACAGAGUACACGAAGCCACUUCGCCAACUGCGCCCCGCAAGUCGAACCAGACGUCGCCUUCCACUGAUCAGCCAAAGAAGAAGCGCAAGGUGAACCAUGGUCUGUACACGCUCCAUGCAGUCUUAGCGAUGGCCCACACUGACAUCUUUCUUCAGCAUGCGUAUAUUGUCGCCGUUCGAGAGGGACAUGGCUAUCACAAAAAGUCCAAGACCGACUCAGACACUGCUGGGCCGGACGAGCAGUCUCCUCCACGGGAUGAUUUUCCUACGGCUCCAAGCUUACCAGGUCCCGCAUUGAUGGACGACUCUGCUCCUAAUCUACUGCAGGAGGAUAAUAUUGGACUGAGACCAUCCACAAAUGACACCAUGGCCGUCUCUAAUCCGAGCGCAGCUGCACCAAACGCUGGCAUCAAUGGUAAUGCUCACCCCCACUUCAGUUAUAAUGAUCCAUGGACCGGAGUCCAGAAUCGAUUUCAUGAUAUGCAGGCCUUUCAUCCCAACUAUAUGUUCAACGCAAACGAGGUCACUGAUGAAUUCAAUCUGCUAAACGACUUCCUCAGCAACAGCCUAUUUGAAGAGACCGGAAUGUAUUCCACUGAUGAAUUCCAGGGUCCCUUCAAUGAUCCUUCGUUCAUGAACUCGAUGGCAGCUUCUUCUUUCCCGACCUCCGGAGUCGAACCCAUCCUUUCGCAAGAACACGUCAACAGCGUCCAUGCAACUACUCAGAACAACGCGGCUCAAGCAGCGCUGAUAUCUAGGCCGUCGAGUGUAAAGCCAGCAUCGGACAAAGCGCGAGAAAAGUAUUACAUGAUGGCUGCCGAUCCGACGGGCGCUGAACCUCCGGAGGAGCGCAUGCAAAAGCUACUCAAAGCAAAAUACGAUGCAGGAAUGUUACGACCUUUCAAUUACGUGAAUGGAUAUGCCCGGCUCAACAAGUACAUGGAAAAGAACAUGAAGCCACAUUCGCGUCACAAGAUCUUGAUGCAAUUGGACCAGUUCCGGCCGAAAUUUAGAGAGAGGAUGCAGAGCUUGACUGAUAUCGAAUUGGUUCUGGUGGAGAUGUGGUUUGAAAGGAGUUUGAUGGAGUACGACAGAAUUUUCGCUAGCAUGGCCAUUCCAGCCUGCUGUUGGAGAAGGACGGGCGAAAUUUUCAGAGGAAACAAGGAGAUGGCAGAGUUGAUUCAGGUACCCAUCGAAUCACUUCGUGAUGGAAAGCUUGCCAUCCACGAGAUCAUAGUCGAAGACCAGCUGGUCAGCUACUGGGAGAAGUUCUGUGCCAUUUGCUUCGACCAGCAGCAAAAGGCUAUGCUCACCAGCUGUACACUACGCUGUCCCACGGCAGGCGCUGACAUCGUGGACAUUCACUGCUGUUUCUCUUUCACCAUUCGAAGAGAUAAUCACAAUAUACCCUCGCUGAUUGUGGGCAACUUCUUGCCCAUGAGUCCUGGGAAACGUUGA